UUCACUUUUCUUUAAAAGCUUAUGAAUCGCAGGCUCUAGAGAGGUGCUAGAAUCUUCAGGUUCAAUGGGAUGAAAAGGGAAUGGAGAUGUCAAGAUCCAGUUAUGCUGUUAUUUACGUGAUUCUUCUUUGCGCGUUGGCUAAAGGAGGCUGCGAAGGUAAGAGGUGGAAUCUGCGGGAGUUUCUCAAUGAAGAAUGUCAUUUGUCGUCGUCACUUCUUGAAGAUGGGAAAAAGUUAGAGCAAGCUUGGAAACACUGUAGGAAAGAGUUGGCAGCGAGGAGCCAUGGGAACCAAGAUUCUGAGUUGCAUCCAACAGAAGCAGGGGGCAGUGACCUGGGGCCUUCACUUGGAGUUGAGGACAUCCUACGCCAAGCGACUGAGUUUCUGGGACUCCAGUCCGAACAAAACUUCCUGGAUUGCAUCAAAACCAAAACUUCCCAUGCUCCUGUUUCUCUAGACAAUAAUGCUGCCUCUCCACCUGUGGUUACCACGUACUUGACCAGUGGCUGUGAAAGGCACCUGCUUGCUGAUUCACCGGCUGACAAAGUUCCCCCAAGCACUACUCCUUCUCAUUCUCCUUCUCCUUCUUCAUCUCCGUCAUCUUCGUCUCCAUCUCCGUCAUCUCCGUCUCCUGGUCUUGCAAGUGAAUCACCAAGCCAUGACACAAAGUCUUCUGAUUCUCCAUCUGACGAUUCCCCUUCUGGUUCUCUUUCACCAGAUGAGUUUAUGCCACAUCAAUCGCCACUACCACCUAGGUCUCCUAAACGUACUCCCCCAUCUGUGCCUUUAGACUCCUCUCCUCCUCCUCCUCCUGAAGGUGAUAACGGCAAUCAUAUGCUAAAAUUAAUUUUUAUUGCUGCUGUAACGGUAUGUGCAAUCGCAGCAUUAUUAUUAAUCUGCCUCUGCUGGGGUGCCGGAACCAACAAAGUCGACGACCCAACAGAGGCACACAAAGGCGACCGGGCUACAGUCACACUAGCCUCCGCAGAUGUUUUUUCUGGUUCGCAGAAGGCUGUUGUUUUGGAAAAGCAUGACAAGAAAGUAUAUACUACGACCGGCGGUCUGAUGGCAAACUCUGAAGGUGGCGGCGGCUCACUAACUGAGACAACAACAUCGUCUACUGAACAAAUGGCUAACCCUCCUCUGAAACCACCUCCGGGAAAAUCAGCUCCUCCGCCUCCUCAGCCGCCGCCCCCACCGCCGCCAGCUGCUCCUCGUGCCCCACCACCUCCACCUCCAAAAGCUAAGGUUCCGCCAAUUCCCCGGAAAUCAAUUCAAGGUAAAAAUAAAGCACAGGGCAACUCUAGAGAGGGCGGUGAAUGUGAUGCUCCAAAACCCAAAUUGAAGCCAUUUUUCUGGGAUAAAGUUAACAAAGCUGAUCAAGGCAUGGUUUGGCAACAAAUCAAUCAGGGAUCAUUCCAGUUCAAUGAGGAAAUGAUCGAGUCUUUAUUUGGUUGUGGCAACCAGAACAAAAAUCAACGCAAGAAAGAAGCAUCACUUGAACCUGCAAUUCAAUACAUUCAGAUUAUUGACCCUAGAAAAGCACAGAAUCUAUCAAUUCUCUUGCGAGCGCUGAAUGUGACAACGGAAGAAGUUGUUGAUGCCCUUGAAGAAGGAAGUGAGAUUCCGGCUGAGAUCAUCCACGCGUUGCUGAGGAUGACGCUAACAGCAGACGAGGAAUUAAAACUUAGACUAUUCACUGGCGACCUAAAUCAACUUGGCCCUGCUGAGAGAUUUCUCAAGGUGUUGGUUGACAUUCCCUUCGCUUUCAAACGCCUAGAAUCUUUGAUGUUCAUGACUACCUUUACAGAAGAGGUCACGAGUCUCAAGGAGUCCUUUACAACACUAGAGGUUGCCUGCAACAACCUCAGAAAAAGCAGGUUAUUCCUGAAACUAUUAGAAGCAGUUCUGAAAACUGGCAACCGAAUGAAUGAUGGCACCUAUCGUGGCGGUGCUCAGGCAUUUAAGCUUGACACACUACUGAAACUAUCUGAUGUAAAAGGAAUUGAUGGCAAAACAACCCUAUUACACUUCGUCGUCCAAGAGAUUAUACGAUCUGAGGGCAUAAGAGCUGUACGGACACAGAAAGCUAACCAAACCAGCGGGUCUAGUGUGAAAACCGAAGAUUUCCUUGAUGACACCAAUGAAGAAUCAACAGCAGAGCAUUAUCGCAGGCUGGGUCUUCAGGUGGUUUCAGGUUUAGGCGAGGAGCUGGAAGACGUCAAAAAGGCGGCAGUUGUAGACGGUGAAGGCAUAACAGCCACAGUCUCAAAGCUUGGCCAGUCAUUAGUGAAGGCCAAAGAGUUCCUCAACAAGGAGAUGAGGAGUCUUGAUGAAGACUCAGAAUUCCAUCGUUGCUUGGAAUGUUUUGUGGAGAAAGCAGAGUCAGAGAUCACAUGGCUGCUGGAGGAAGAGAAGAGGAUAAUGGCUCUGGUAAAGAGCACGGGCGAUUAUUUCCAUGGGACUGCAGGAAGAGACGAAGGAUUGCGUUUGUUCGUGGUGGUGCGCGAUUUCUUGAUAAUGCUGGAUAAGGCAUGUAAAGAGGUUCAAGACACAAACAUGAAAUCAGCAAAGGCUUCCAAGAAAGAGAGUCCAACCGUAUCAUCUGUUCCAGAGACUCGGCAGCCACAUGAUAUUCAUCGGCGACUAUUCCCCGCAAUUGCAGAGCGGCGAAUGGGUUUCUCCGAUUCCGACGAUGAAAGCUCAUCAUCAUCACCAUAGUCAUUAUUGACUUAGACCUUGCUCUGCGCUUCAGGUACGAAUGCCAGCAAAAUAAAGGGAAAUUUGGCUUCGCGAACAAGUUCUGUGCUUAAAAGAUGUUGAAGGAGCAUAUAUAUUGUAAAGCAACAUGUGCUAUGGGCUAAUUAUGUAAUGUCUAGUUUAUCUUUCCUACCUGCCUCCUAACACGUUGGGGAACAGACAUUUGUUGGAACCUUGAGCA